CCUCCCCCUGCCUUGCCACCCCCCGCCCCCCGCCGCGAACCCGGAGCGCCCAUGGAGCAGGUGGUGAAGAGGAACCCGAGCUUGCAGCACUGAGAACCCCCGGACCCGGAGCCAGUGAUGUCUGGUCCCAAACUGGAGGCUUCCCCGCCUUGUCGGAACUGGUCAUCUUGUCCAGAGCUCAACAGGACUCGGGAGCCUUUAGGGAAUCUCUCGCUCUAUGACGAUGAGGAAUUGCUGCGCUACGUGUGGAGAGAAUACUUACACCCCAAAGAAUAUGAAUGGGUUCUGAUUGCUGGCUAUAUCAUCGUAUUCAUCGUGGCGCUCAUUGGCAAUGUCCUGGUUUGUGUUGCAGUGUGGAAGAACCAUCACAUGAGGACUGUCACCAACUACUUCAUCGUGAACCUUUCUUUGGCUGAUGUCCUCGUGACCAUUACUUGCCUUCCAGCAACUUUAGUGGUGGAUAUUACAGAGACUUGGUUCUUUGGACAAUCCCUCUGCAAAGUGAUCCCUUACUUACAGACUGUUUCAGUCUCUGUGUCUGUGCUAACAUUGAGCUGUAUAGCUUUGGAUCGAUGGUAUGCCAUUUGUCACCCUUUGAUGUUUAAAAGCACUGCCAAGCGGGCAAGGAACAGCAUUGUAAUUAUCUGGAUUGUAUCGUGCAUCAUAAUGAUUCCUCAGGCGAUUGUCAUGGAAUGCAGCAAUGUGCUCCCAGAUUUAGCCAAUAAAACCACUCUGUUUACAGUGUGUGAUGAACGCUGGGGUGGUGAAAUUUAUCCCAAGAUGUACCACACUUGCUUUUUCCUGGUGACAUAUAUGGCGCCUUUGUGCCUCAUGGUGUUGGCUUAUUUACAAAUCUUCAGAAAACUAUGGUGCCGCCAGAUCCCUGGGACCUCUUCAGUGGUGCAGAGAAGAUGGAAGCCUCUUUACCCUGCUACCCAGACUAGAGGAGGGCCAGGCCAGCAGACUAAAUCCCGGAUUAGUGCUGUGGCUGCAGAAAUCAAACAGAUUAGAGCCAGGAGGAAAACAGCUCGGAUGCUAAUGGUUGUCCUUUUGGUGUUUGCCAUUUGCUACCUCCCAAUUAGUAUCCUCAACAUGUUAAAGAGGGUGUUUGGGAUGUUUGCCUAUACAGAAGACAGAGAGACUGUGUAUGCCUGGUUUACAUUCUCACACUGGCUUGUCUAUGCCAACAGUGCUGCAAACCCAAUUAUUUAUAACUUUCUCAGUGGAAAAUUUCGAGAGGAAUUUAAAGCAGCAUUUUCUUGUUGUUGCCUUGGAGUUAACCCUCGCCAGGAUGAACGCCUUGCCCGGGGACGGACAAGCACAGAGAGCCGGAAAUCCUUGACCACCCAAUUCAGUAGCUUUGAUAAUGUUUCGAAACUUUCAGAACACGUUGUACUGACGAGCAUAAGCACACUCCCAGCAGCAAAUGGAGCUGGACCACUUCACAACUGGUAUCUACAACAAGAGCCACCACCUUCACUCCUGUCAACCUGGUCGGAAUCCUGAGGGAAGACACUGGGAUGUGAAUCAAUGUGCAAUCUCAACUGUUUUAUCAUUUAAAUCGAUAGCCAUUCUUCCAGAGACUGCCAUAUGAUAAGUCCGAUUUGGAAAAGUUUGGAUCCAAAAUCCCUGUGUGUUACUCUAUGGGUAACCUGGGGGAAAAAAGAUUUCUAGAGCUAUCAACCUCAAAUAUUUCGCUAUUUAUGUUUACUGAGAAUCCGAGUUUUGCUGAAAGAGACAGAUUUUCAAAGGGCUGGCAGAGAGUUCAUAUGCAAGAAAAUCUGGGAAUAGAAUUAUAUACCACAGUACAAAGCUCUCAACACUUGGAUUAAGGAAUUCUUCCAACAUGACUGAAUUUGGUAUGAUUACCAUAACAGGACAAAUGGUAAGGAAACAGGUGUCCAGAAACCCUGCCAAUCCUAUGGAACAAAAUGGUCAACUACUUACCUCAUUAUGUGCUAAAGACACAAAAUGAGAAGACUUAUUAAAGAAAAGAAUGUGUUGUCAAUGUGUUGUACUUUAUAACUGUACAUCUUAUUUCUCCUUGCUAUAUUUAAAAAUAUUGAAAGGAAUUUGCCUUUGUAUGGGUAACUGUAGUAGGUGAAUUUUGCUCAUUUUAGAAUUCAAUUGACACUCUCUUUCUAAGCUUCUUCCCAAACUGGGAUUUAACUAUUUUAAUUCAUUUAUUCUUGGCAAAAAAUGAUUUCCUGUUUCUAAAGAACAUGACUUUUAAAGUCUCCAAGGCUCAGAAGGCUUCUUCGACAUUAAAUUGCUCUUUAAAAAAAUUUGAUGAGCAAAUUAUAAAGCCAUCACAGGCAUAUCAAUUAUAUUUCACUCCCAAUAUAUUUCAAUAUUUAAACUCUGGUAAGAAAAUUAAGGAAAACACCAUUUCAAAAGUAUUGUUGAGGUAUGUUAAAACCUUAAAUGUCUAGGGCAGGGGAAAUGAAAAUAAAAAUCUAAAGAUGCUAAUGAACCCAGUUUUCAGCUGACACUUCAUAUUAGUAUGGUGAUAAGAAAAUUCACAAAACUCAUUAUAACUAUGUUAAAAUAGUGCUAGGCCCUGUUCAAAUAGUAAUGGACUCUUCUGAUCAGUUUUCUGUAUUUUGAAAAACUUUCACUUCAAGAUGACAUUUUUUUCUACCAUUCACUUUUUCUUCUUUGCUAUUACAGUUUCACUUUCAGAUAACCGAUUAGAGCCACUGCAUUUAACACCAGCUAGUUUUCCGAUAGUGAUCCAUGGAGAGUCAGAAUAACACAAAGAAGACAAAGGGAAACACGGAAAAACAGUGGAAUGUAAAAUCUAUGAUUGACUAGCAUUUUUGUUAUUACAUAUAUUUCUCACAGAAAAGAUAGAACCAAAGCAUGAAAAACAAUAAUAGUAUCAUAAACUCAAAGAGUCUUUUAUCAAAAAUAAAUGGAGGAGUAGAAUAGUCCCACCCUAUUUCUAUAUCAUUCCAAAAAUACUUUCUCUCUUUAUGCCUUAGAGUAUCAGAGCUGCUUUUCAGUCAAUCAAUAAAUAAACAUUUCUUAAACACCUGUUAUGUGCGAGGUAUUAAAAUGAGCCCUGGGAAUACAAAAAGAGAGACAUAAAGUAUACUCUGCCCUCAGAGAUCUCAUGAUAUAUGGGAAAGACAAGAUGAAAACAAAUAUGUACAAAUGACCUCUGUAUAAGGAAGGGACUAGAACAAAUAGGGGUUGGAAAGGCUUCCUGUAGAAGGUGGGAUUUUAGCUGAGAAUUAAAGGAAGCCAGGAAACAUUACAUGGAGAUAAAGAGAGAGAGAGAGCAUUCCAGGCAUGGGGAGUAGCCAUUGAAAAUGCCAAGAGCAAAGACUGUUUUAAUGCAUGUUCAUGGAAUCAUCAGGGGGCUAAUGUCACUGGAUUCAAGAGUAUAUUGUGAGAGGUUAAGUGUAAAACUGGAAAGCUGGAUUAUAAAUGUCUUUGAAUGUCAAGUAUAGGAUUUUGUAUUUGAUCCUGAAGGUGAUAUGCAGUCACUGGAGCUUAUUGAAUAUAGGGAGAGAGGUGACAUGAUCAGGAAAUUCAUUUGGGUGACUUAACAUAGUAUAAAUUGGAACAGGGAGAGACUUUAGGCUCUUAGACCCUCUAGCAGAUUAUUACAGUAGUUUAGGAGUGAAGGGAUCAGUGGCAGUAUCAGAGAAAUUCAUUUUUUGAGGGAGGUUGAAAAGAUAAAAUUGACAAACAUUGGCAGCAAAUUGAGUAGAGAGAGGGAAAGAUAGUGGGGAGUUGAGGAUGCUUCAGGGACUCUAGAUUUGUAGGGUGAGGGAUCAAGUGGAUGGUGAUGCCCUCUACAGUAAUAGGGAAGUUCCGUUUUAAGCUAUCAAUGAUGUAUUGCUACAUUUGUUAUACCCUAUAUUUCACAUCAUCAUGU